AUGCAGACACUCCAUUUUUCCAUCAAGACAUACAGCAAGAUAUUGCACCAUGGGUUUGCUCUUGUGCUGUUGAUCUGCUUGGCCUCUCCUGCCAGUUCCUGCACGGAGCAGGAGAAGGGCUCCCUUCUCCAGUUCCUCGCCGGGCUCUCACAGCACGGUGACCUCGCUGCGUCCUGGCAGCAUGGCACGGAUUGCUGCCAGUGGGAAGGGAUCACCUGCAGUACGGAUGAGAUUGUUACGGAUGUCUUGCUGGCUUCUAGGGGUCUUCAGGGGCACAUCACUUCUUCCCUUGGGAACCUCCCUGGAUUGCUACGCCUCAACCUGUCAAACAACCUGCUAUCUGGUGGUCUACCGCAAGAACUGGUAUCCUCCAGCAGCAUCCUCAACCUUGACAUCAGCUUUAACCGCCUCGAAGGAGACCUGCACGAGCUGUCAUCUAUGCCUGCCCGACCACUGAAGGUGCUGAACAUCUCGAGCAAUUUGUUUACAGGACAAUUUCCACCCUCCACAUGGGAGGCCAUGACAGACCUGGUUGGCCACAACAACCUCAUCGGGACUCUCCCAGAUGAACUCUUCGAUGCUACCUCGUUAGAGUUCCUCUCUUUCCCCAGGAGUGGUUUACAAGGAACACUUGAAGACAUGAAUAUUGCCAAACUCACCAAUUUGGCUACCCUUGAUCUAGGAGAGAACAACUUCAAUGGCAAGAUUCCGGAGUCUAUAGGUCAUCUCAAGAGAUUGGAGGGGCUCCAUUUGAACAAUAAUAACAUGUAUGGGCAGCUGCCAUCAGCUUUGGCCAACUGCACAAAUCUCAUAAUCAUCGACCUCAGCUACAACAAUUUCAACGGGCAACUCACCAAGGUCAAUUUUUCCAACCUACGCAAUCUCAUGUCUUUAGAUCUUAUACAGAACAACUUCAAUGGCACAAUUCCAGAAAGUAUCUACACUUGCAUAAAUCUAGUUGCACUGCGACUAGCUUACAAUAAUUUCCACGGCCAGCUAGCCAAAGGGCUCGGCAAUCUGAAGUCCCUGUCGUUCCUAUCACUUUACUAUAACAAUCUUACAAACAGAACACAUGCACUUCAGAUUCUUGGGAGCUCCAAAAACCUCACCACCCUUCUUAUUGGGCGCAACUUCCAACAUGAGACCAUGCCAGUCGAUGACAUCAUUGGCAGUUUUGAAAAUCUUAGGUUUCUUGCUAUAGGUAAUUGCCCAUUAUCUGGAAAAAUACCUUUCUGGAUAUCAAAGCUAGCAAAUUUAGAGAUACUAAUAUUGUCUAACAAUCAACUCACCGGAACAAUACCAGCCUGGAUAAAAACUCUAAGCCAUGUUUUCUAUCUUGACAUAUCAAACAACAGCCUCAUAGGGGAAAUUCCAACAGCAUUGAUGGAUAUGCCAAUGCUAAAGUCAGUAAACUCAAGGGUAUUCAUACUGCCUGUUUAUCCAGCUCAAACACACCAAUAUCGCCAAGCCUUCGCUUUCCCAAUAUUGUUGGAUCUAAGCAACAAUAAGUUCACUGGUGAGAUUCCCUUGGAGAUUGGUCAGUUAAAAUCCCUCCAUUCACUUAAUUUGAGCUUCAAUGACUUAACAGGACAGAUUCCGGGACCAAUAUUCAAUCUCACAGACCUGCAGGUUCUAGACUUGUCGAACAACAAUCUCACGGGUGCAAUCCCAGCUACAUUGAACAGCCUGCACUUCCUUGCAGUGUUUAAUGUUUCUAACAAUGAUCUAGAAGGUCCUAUUCCAUUUGGAGGACAGUUUAACACAUUUGGGUCUUCAAGCUUUGAUGGGAAUGCAAAACUCUGCGGGUCUAUGCUCAUUCACGAAUGCGGUUCAGAAGAAGCACCUCCAGCCACUGUUAUAUCAACAAAACAAACUGAUUACAAGGUAGCAUUUGUGAUUGCCUUCAGUGCGUUCUUUGGUGUAGGGGUGUUGUAUGAUCAGAUAGUCCUGUCGAUGCCGACGUGCUGUGGCAGGCAUGAACUGGUGGUGUGCAAAGGGAGUACUGCAGGCACAAUGUCUUUGGUACACCAUCGAGAUGCUAAUGAUCACGACAAUCAGUAUGCACUGCUGCGGGCCGUGUCAUCGAAGAUGGUGCGAACACUCGUGGGGAAGUACACCGCCAAGGCAGCGUGGGACAUUGUGAAAGAGGUGCGAAAUCUUGGGCAGGGCAAUGGAGGCACCACCGCGAGUUCAAGGAGCAUCCGUUCCGAGAUGGAGCGUCCAUCGAGGACUUUGUGCCACACUUGA